UAUAUAGCCACAAAGUCAUAAACACCGCCCAUUUCUACAAUUGAUCUUCUUAAAAUCUAACCGCUAAUUUAUGCCUAGCCCUAACCUUGAAUUAACACAAACAAAUUGUAGCCAAUUUUGACCUUGUGACUGUGGAAUCUGAUGAGAUCUAGCUAACUAAAUCUUCCUGCUUGGAACAGUUCAGGGAUAACAAAUAAUGGCGACGCUUCUGGGGUUGGAGUCCCCUUGGACUGGAGGAAAACGAAGUGUUCGUAAUGGAAAUAUUAUUGCAAAGAUCAGACAUAGUCAGAUCGUUGGCCGGGGUUUCAGCCGAGGGACACAGCUCCCAGAGGCUCUUCUCCAGGAGAGGGAUAAGCACGCCAAAUGGCACAGUAUCCCCGAGCUGCUGCAGGAGCUCCAUGAAAGCAGCCAUCCCAACAGUAACCUCUCCCACACACACAGUGUACUAAAGGAACUAUCAUCCCUACUUUCCAUGGAGGCGAUGUCUUUUGUCACAGAAUACAGGAAGAGUGCUCAGGAAUCAACCUUUCCCAUCACAUACACCUUUGACCUCUUUGGUGGAGUCGAUCUGCUUGUAGAGAUCUUGAUGAGGCCUACACUCACUAUGCAAAAGAAGAAACCUAAAAUGAAUGAUGACUUGGUCAAUGACUGCCUUAGUGUUCUUUACAACUGCUGCAUAUGUACGGAAGGGGUAACAAAGAGCCUUGCAGCCAGAGACUACUUUGCCCUGUUUCUCUUUACCUUGAUGACGAAUAAGAAGGCUUUUCUACAGACUGCCGCUUUAAUCGAGGAUAUUCUCGGAGUCAAGAAGGCGAUGAUCCAGUUGGAAGGGAUUGCUAACCUGUCUGGUCUGGUCCAGAGCUUUAACCAGCAGCAGCUGGCUAACUUCUGCCGCAUCCUCUCUGUCACAGUCUCAGAACCCGACGUGGGGAAUGAUGACAAACACACCCUGCUGGCCAAGAAUGCCCAACAGAAACAAGACUCUAGCCUCUCAUGUGCAGAGGUCAACCAAGUGACCCUCCUAAACAUCCCGGGCUUCAUCGAGCGCCUGUGUAAGCUGGCCACCAGAAAGGUGUCUGAGGCCACGGGGGCGUCUAACUUCCUGCAGGAGGUGGAGGACUGGUAUAUGUGGCUUGACAACGCCUUGGUGCUGGACGCCGUCAUGCAGAUGGCCACGGAGGAGGCUGAGCACACCAGCACAGGUCAGCAGCCUCUCCCCUACCUUUCUGCCACCUACCCUUGUACCUCUGUCGAUCUGGUGGAGGUGCUGUACGUGCUCUGUGUGCUGCUUAUGGGUAGUCAUAGGAACCAGGUACACAAGAUGCUAGCAGAGUUCCGUCUGAUCCCAGGUCUCAACAACUUGUUUGACAAGCUAAUCUGGAGGAAGUACACCUUAUCUAAUCAUGUGCUGCAUGGCCAGAAUGAGAACUGUGAUUGCAGUCCUGAAAUAUCCUUCAAGAUCCCGUUUCUGAGGCUUCUCCAGAGCUUCAGCGACCACCAUGAGAACAAGUACCUGCUUCUAAACAGUCAGGAGCUGAACGAGCUGAGUGCCAUCUCUCUGAAGGCCAACAUUCCAGAGGUGGAGGCGUUAGUCAAUACAGACAGGUAUGCAUCAUCUGUGUGUGAUGGGAAGAAAGGUCUCUUCACUCGUCUCCUCACUGUCAUGAAGAAGGAGCCUCCAGACUCCUCCUUCAGGUUCUGGCAGGCCAGGGCAGUGGAGAGUUUCCUCCGUGGAGCCACCUAUGCAGACCAGAUGUUUCUGCUGAAGAGGGGGCUUCUAGAAAACAUGCUGUUCUGCAUCAUAUACAGUGGCUGUAAGUCCAAAGAUGUCCUGCAGAGCUACUUCGACCUCCUGGGGGAACUCAUGAAGUUCAACAUCGACGCCUUCAAGAGGUUCAACAUAUACGUCAGCACAGAUAACAAGUUCCAGACCUUCAUGAGCCAGAUCAACAGUUCCCUGAUAGACUCCAACAUGCUGGUGCGCUGCAUCAUUCUCUCCCUGGACCGCUUCGAGACACAGACAGAGCUGAUUGUGUUGGAGGUGCUGUCUGAAUGCUGUCUGCUGUCCUACUUGGCCAUGGUGGAGAACAGACUGUCUUUCCUCUUCAGGCUGGUCAACAUCAUCAAUGUGCUGACUCUCACACAGGAGAAUGUGAGCUGUCUGAACACCAGCCUAGUGGUCCUGAUGCUGGCCAGGAGGAGGGGCAAGCUGCCCUUCUAUCUCAAAGCCCUGAGAGAGAAGGAGCAUACAGAGAAGUACCCCGGCUGCCUGCUCAACAACUUCCACAACCUGCUGCGCUUCUGGCAACGUCACUACCUCAACAGGGACAAGGACAGCACUUGUCUGGAGAACAGCUCCUGCAUCCCCUUCAGCUACUGGAAUGAGACCGUGUCAGUGCUGCUACGCUCAGACAGGACUUCUCUGUGUGCCAUAGCCAGCUACAUAGAUGAGUGUUGCUAGGGUGUUAACCCUAGGAGAGUUUGGGCUGGGCUUGUCGUGGGUUGCCGGGGUAUGGACACCUAUCAUGGUUGAUGACCCCGCCAAAUAGCAUAGCCAGAUCAAGGGUCAUCCAGCGACCUGGAAGUGCUAUGUGACUGCGGCAGGACACCAACUCGCUGCUAUGCUGUCUGUAACUUGGCCAGGGGGCCAUUACUGAAGAUAAUAGGGAUGAUUCUACAAUGCUGGACAUCUUCACUCUAUGCUCCUGUUCUCUUUGAAGGAGAAGAAGAGAAGACUGCACCUGUCCCAGACCCCACAGUAACGAAAUAUAUUGGACCUUGAAAUACUCCUUUGUUGGUGGUUUGCUUUAGGUGAAAUCAAAUGAAGCCUUGUUUAUAUAUUACAUAAAUAUAUGGAAAAAUCUAUUUGUACGAUGCAACAAAAUAGAUAUAUACAGUACCAGUCAGAAGUUUGGACACACCUACUCAUUCAAGGGUUUUUCUUUACUUGUACUAUUUUCUACAUUGUAGAAUAAUAGUGAAGAUAUCAAAACUAUGAAAUAACACAUAUGGAAUCAUGUAGUAACCAAAAAAGUGUUAAUUUAAACAAAUACAAAUAUAUUUUGGAUUCUUCAAAAAGUAGCCACCCUUUGCCUUGACAGCUUUGCACAAUCUUGGUAUUCAACCAGCUUCACCUGGAAUGCUUUUCCAACAGUAUUGAAGGAGUUCCCACAUAUGCUGAGCACUUGUUGGCUGCUUUUCCUUCACUCUACAGUCCAACUCAUCCCAAACCAUCAAAAUUGGUUUGAGGUUGGGUGAUUGUGAAGGCCAGGUCAUCUGAUGCAGCAUUCCAUCACUCUCUUUCUUGGUCAAAUAGCCCUUACACAGCCUGGAGGUGUGUUGGGUCAUUGUUCUGUUGAUAAACAAAUGAUAGUCCCACUAAGCCCAAACCUGAUGUGAUGGCAUAUUGCUACAGAAUGCUGUGGUAGCCAUGCUGGUUAAGUGUGCCUUGAAUUCUAAAUAAAUCACUGACCGUGUCACCAGCAAGGCACCAUCACACCACCUCCUCCAUGCUUCAUGGUGGGAGCCACACAUGCGGAGAUCAUCCGUUCACCUACUCUGCGUCACAAAGACACGCGGUUGGAAACAAAGGACAGAUUUCUACCGUUCUAAGGUCAAUGUCAGCAUUUGUUAAUUGAAAUGCAUUCCAGGUGACUCCAUGAAGCUGGUUGAGAGAAUGCCAAGAAUGUGCAAAGCUGUCAUCAAGGCAAAGGGUGGCUACUUUGCAGAAUCUCACAUAUAAAGUCACAUAUAACGUAUUUUAUUAUAAAUAUUUUUUUUGGGGGGAUACUACAUGAUUCCAUGUGUGUUUUUCAUAGUUUUGAUGUCUUUCUUCACUAUUAUUCUACAAUGUAGAAAAUAGUAAAAAUAAAAACCCUUGGGACACACCUACUCAUACACACAGUACAAGUCAAUAGUUUGAAUGUGUGUAUAGUGUUGGUUUCAUGAGCCGAAAUAAAAGAUCCCAGCAGUUUUCCAUAUGCACAAAAAGCUUAUUUCUCCAAUUUUGUGCACACAUUUGUUUACAUCCCUGUUAGUGAGCAUUUCUCCUUUGCCAAGAUAAUCCAUCCACCUGACAGAUGUGGCAUAUCAAGAAGCUGAUUUAAACAGCAUGAUCAUUUCACAGGUGCACCUUGUGCUGGGGGCAAUAAAAGGCCACUUAAAUGUGGAGUUUUGUCACACAACACAAUUUAAAUGCACUAUUGUAAAGUGACUGUUCCACUGGAUGUCAUAAGGUGAAUGCACCAAUUUGUAAGUCGCUCUGGAUAAGAGCGUCUGCUAAAUGACUUAAAUGUAAAUGUAAUGAUUGGAUGCAGAGGUGGCAUCAGUCUUGUCCAGUGGUCUUUGAAUUAACAGCAUCUUCACUGAUCUGUAUGGAUGUUGGUCUGUCUCUUUUAGGAUGAAUCUAGUUGACCAGUGCUUGUGGCUUUACUCAGCCCGUCCAGGUAGCUUGUGGAUCUGUUUAUGGUUCAUAGUCUGUGGGGCCAUGUGGUGGGUGAGAUGGGGCUUUGGACAGAAGUACCACUCCCAAGAUGCCACCAACCCAUUGACUUCACCUUUUUGUUUUUCAGACACUAUUUUUGUUUGUGUCUUGUUAAGAUAAUUGCUUUUAGUUUUUUUUAGUAAAUAAAUUGUAGAUAAAUGCACUGUUGGAAUUGUGUGCAUUCUUUAUUGUAUUUUAACACUUAUUUUGAUCAAAUACAUUCAUUUUUGUAUCCAUCAAGUGAAGGGUGGUUUUAUAGAAUAAUAAACUAUGCAGGUUCUCGUGUUCAAACCCACUUUCUCUGUCCCAGACACUUCUCGCAACGGUUCCAUUUUACAUUUUAGUCAUUUAUCGGACGCUCUUAUCCAGAGACUUAUAGGAACAAUUAGUGUUAAGUGCCUUGCUCAAGGACACAUCUACAGAUUUUUCACCUGGUUGGCUCGAAUCAGCGACCGUAAGGAUACUGGCCCAACGAUAUUAACCGCUAUGCAACCUGCCGCCCUAAGGUUUCUUAAAUCCUCUUAGCAUGAACGGCCUUCAACAAAACAGCCACUCUGUGCUGCAUCACUUGCUUGUUGCUCCCCCAGUGGACCACUUAACUCUUGACUUCUCUUCUCUCACCACCGGCCGAGACAGACAAUCUUCAUUCGUCUUUGUGUGAUGAUUCUGUGCUUGGUUUCACCUCUGAUUGGCUAUAGAGGGAAUGGGUGUGGUCAUGUUGCUUUGGCUAGAAUGUGCUGACGUUGUCGUGGAAAUGGAUUCUGAGCUGAGUAAGCAUUUUGCUUCUCUCCAACAAAAGAAUGUCGCACUGCUUUGCUUUAUCUUGGCCAGGUCGCAGUUGUAAAUGAGAACUUGUUCUCAACUAGCUUACCUGGUUAAAUAAAGGUGAAAUAGUUUAUUUAUUUUAAAUGAGAAUCCAAGAAAAUUACAAAUGAUUGAGCUACAGCAUUUUUCAACCCAACACCAUAUGGACUGAACCACUUUGUCACUCAGUGUGUGUCGAAGUGGAACUAAUCCUGUUCAAAUGUUUUUCUUAAACCUUUUCGUAUGUUCACUUGAAUGAAUGUAUAAAAGCAAUCCAUUCAUAAUGUGGUUUUGCAGAUUUGCUUUACGCUAAGAAUAUAUAUAUAUAUGAGAAAGCAGGCUUCAUACUCUACAUCCAAUACAUGUUGAGAAAAAGUUUGUCUUUUUUGAUAUUUUGAAUAAAUAGCUAAUUGGUGCUUAAUUAUUUGAAUUUGAUUGUACUACCCUUCUUACAUUAGGUACAUUUUAUGUAAAUCUUAGUUUUUUGCCAUAUGUUGCACGUUAGUUUCCUUUGACUGUGUGUGGUAUAACAGUGACUGGGUUAAAAAGCAUGAUUGUGUGUGUACCUAGAGAAAUUUGUUCAGCAAACCUUUAUCAUUUAGACUUCAACAUGUUUCUGAAACAUGAUCAAAUCAUUUUUGUAUGUGGAGCUUUUGCUUUGACAUUGGAUAUGGGGGUGGUGAUCAUAUGAACACUUGUUUGUAAUUCAUCAAUAUCACACUGGAGCCAUCUGUACCUAGGAAGUGUUAGGUGUGCAUUGGACUUACCUUAUACAGACUAUAUAUAUAGACUCUCAAUCCUGACGCAAAGUCCACCAUCUUCCCCCUAAGAUUCAAUUUUCCACUCUUUUUGUUCAUCUAAUGUUGAACUUCAUUUAUUUCAGUCUUGUUUGUGAAUUUAAUAUAAGGAUAAUCAUAAUACAUUCUCAACUUUC